AAAAGAUAAACCAUAUAGAAAGAAUCCAAAUAAAAAUCCGAAAGAUUUAGGUUGUGGACAUCUAACAGGCUUUGUGAAGUGAUGAUGAUGAAGAAACCUGUGCUCUUUGUUUGAUCUCCAAUAGUUGUGAAUUGUGAUGGUGGGAGACUGGGAGCAGAGCGGGAGGAUACUGUACUGCUGAUGUUCACAAAAGUAGGAUGCUGAAUCGCUGAUGAUGUCCACAAAUGUAGGACCCUGGCUCAAAGUCCACUUUGUCUUAUUCCACGUAGUAGUCUUUAGAAUUUGGACCGUCAGCAACUUACUGCAUCCGGCCCAUGCAACCCGAAAUACAUCUAUAAGUCUCUAAAGCCCACCUCGUCGACCACUUAUCUUGGUGAGUGACACUGAUUCCUCGUACUCUUGACUCGUGUGUGUAGACAGGUUGAGUGUUGCCCUUCCCCUUCUUACACAAGCCAAUAAGCCAUCGAGAUAACAGACAAGGGUUGCCUACAGGAGAUCCCUCGUCGUGGGCAAGUUCUCCAUUUGUUCAGUUUCAGUAUUGGAAUCCCUACUAGAAGCAUUGUUUUGUUAUAGACAGUUGUUUCUCAAGGCCCAAUUACAAGCAGCGGCCUUUUCAUACAAGACUCUUGCUCCUGGAGUAGGCCGGUAAAGUAAGCGACGACAAGCAUAAGGGCUUUUUUGGUGGUCUCUCUAACACAGUCUUUAUCUGAAAUCAUGGGUAUUAAGGGGUUAACAAAACUGCUUGCAGACAAAGCUCCAAAGGCCAUGAAAGAACAGAAAUUCGAAAGUUACUUCGGCAGGAAGAUCGCUAUCGAUGCUAGCAUGAGCAUCUAUCAGUUUCUCAUUGUUGUAGGAAGAAGUGGGACUAAAAUGCUCACAAAUGAGGCUGGUGAAGUCACUAGUCAUUUGCAGGGCAUGUUUACUCGGACAAUUAGACUUCUUGAAGCUGGAAUGAAGCCUAUCUAUGUUUUUGAUGGACAGCCUCCAGAUUUGAAAAAACAAGAGCUGAAAAAACGUUAUUCAAAGCGCGCAGAUGCUACUGAGGAAUUGGCAGCAGCUGUGGAGACUGGCAAUAAAGAGGACAUUGAGAAAUUCAGUAAACGGACAGUGAAGGUGUCAAGGCAGCACAAUGAAGAUUGCAAAAGACUUCUGAAACUCAUGGGUGUCCCUGUGAUUGAGGCCCCUUCUGAAGCAGAGGCGCAAUGUGUUGCACUUUGCAAAUUGGGAAAGGUUUACGCUGUUGCUUCUGAAGACAUGGAUUCACUAACUUUUGGAGCUCCUAGGUUUCUCCGACAUUUGAUGGAUCCUAGUUCUAGAAAAGUUUCAGUUAUGGAAUUUGAAGUUGCAAAGAUUUUGGAGGAGCUGAAUCUUACCAUGGAUCAAUUCAUCGACUUGUGCAUUCUUUCAGGAUGUGACUAUUGUGGCAACAUUAGAGGUAUUGGGGGACAGACAGCUCUGAAACUGAUACGUCAACAUGGCUCUAUUGAGACCGUACUAGAGAACAUAAAUAAAGAGAUGUACCAAAUACCAGCUGAGUGGCCAUAUCAAGAGGCUCAGAGACUUUUUAAAGAACCAGUUGUUAAAGAUGAAGAGCAACUUGAGCUUAACUGGAGCGCUCCUGAUGAAGAAGGGUUGAUAACCUUCCUGGUAAAUGAAAAUGGGUUCAACAGUGACAGGGUAACAAAGGCAAUAGAAAAAAUUAAAGUGGCGAAGAACAAGUCAUCCCAGGGACGAUUAGAGUCAUUUUUUAAGCCAGUUGCAAACACUUCUGUUCCUGUUAAACGGAAGGAACCACCGGUGAUCACUCCUAAAGAAGCUAACAAUAAUUGGAGGUAAGAAGAAGAAGUAGAUGAAUUAUGGUGUGUAAUUAAAACCGGCUAGAUGGAGCUUACUACUUCCUGGGCAGGUUAGAAUUAAUCUUAUAAGUUUUUCUUUUUAAAUUCAAUUUUUCGUUGAUCCCACAUGGCAAAGUCAUUGAUUGGGAUGGCAUGUUAGAUGUUUUUAGAUUAGAGUUCGUGUAGGUUGUUUUAUGUAACAUUUUUUUUAUAGCCGUUGUUUUAUGUAACUUGUUUAAUGACAUUACCCUCUUGGCUCAAAUUUUAGUCUUCUGACAAAAAUGAUGAGUUUUUUUUUUUACCCAUUAACACUCUCGGUCAUCUAAAUUUAUUACGAAAAUAACAUUUCACGUCAGUGGCACUAACUCCACCCAAAGGAAUUAGGUGUGAAUUUGGAACCAUUGCAGAUGAGGGCCUGUUCAUAUCUUCCCCGACUAACUCCACCAAAUUGUAACUGCUGCCGUUCCGUUGAAGACUAACUGCACCAAAUUGUGACUACUACCGUUCCGUUGAAGACAAUACGGGCGACUUUUUCCUGCUCCAUACUCUGUUCUUCACCUUACGAUAGUUUUGUGAUCAUGCAGAGCACCAAAUUGUGACUGCUGCCGUUCCGUUGAAGACAAUGCACGUGACUUUUGCCUGCUCCGUACUCUGUUCUUCACCUUAUGAUAGUAUUGGGAUCAUGCAGAGAGAAAUUUAAUCCGUCUCAAGUGUUUGUUUGACUUGAUAUGCAUUGACAAAUUUCAUUGUACAUAUAUGCAUAUUAUUGCAAGUUGUAGCAGUUCAAUGGGUUGAAAUUAAUUCUGUAUUCUUUGAAAGAAGAUAAAUAUUCACCGACAUUAAUAAUUCAAUACUGGUACAGCAAUCAUACGCAU